AUGACGCAGAAAGAAUCAGAUGAUUCGGAAUCUGAUUCAGACUCAGAUAGUGACGAGGAUCUUGAAAAUGAUAGAGUUGAUAGUUCUCCUGCCAAAGCUGGUGUGAUUGAAAAAAUUGUAUUGAAGAAUUUUAUGUGCCAUGAUUUUUUUGAAUUGAAUUUAGGACCUCAGUUGAAUUUCAUUAUAGGUAGAAACGGAUCGGGCAAGAGUGCAAUAUUAACGGGUAUAUCCGUGGGGUUAGGAGUCAAGGCUUCUGAUACCAGUAGAGGAUCAUCUAUCAAAAAUUUAAUCAAGGAUGGAAAGUCUACAGCAAGAGUGAUCGUAGUAUUUCGAAAUGAAGGUAUAGAAGCUUAUAAACCAGAAGAAUACGGAUCUAAGAUUAUAAUUGAAAGAAAGAUACAAAGACAAGGCUCAAAUGGAUAUUUCAUUAGGUCGGAAAAUCUUAAAACAAUUUCAACAAAGAAGUCAGUUCUUGAUGAAAUAUUGUAUAAGUUUAACAUAGCUAUUGAUAAUCCAAUGGCAUUUUUGUCGCAAGAUAAAGCCAGAGAAUUUUUGACUCUGACUACUGAUAAAGUUAAAUAUGAUUAUUUUAUGGCCGGUUCCUUAAUUAAUGAUAUUAUAGAGAAUUAUAGAAUAACGAGUGGCAAUAUAGUCGAAGUACAAAACAAAUUAAAACUUGCAAAGACCCAUCUAGACGUUGCUACGAAGCACUACGAAGAGUCUGCAUCAUUAUAUAAUAAGUUCAAGAAAUCUGAUUCCUUAAGAAAACACUUAGAGCUAAUUCACGCUAAGAUAUAUUGGUAUAAUGUGACAGUAAUAGAAAAGAAGAUUCAGAAAUAUCAAGAUCAGUUACAACAAGCAAGCCAUGAUAUCGAGGCAAUAGAAAAGAAAUUUGAAGAGAUUGAACAAAGAUCUAAUCAACGUGAACAAAAUGUGAAAGAAUUGGAAGAAAAGAAUAUCAUUAUUUCGAAGGAAAUCGUGGAAUCUCAAGACUCUUAUCAAGAGAUUAAAAUGACUUACCAGAGGUUGAAAUCUGGUAUCAAUGAAGUCAUCAAUGAAAUUAAAAAAGGAGAAGAGGAUAUAGAGGGAUUUCAUAAAGAUAUACAAAAAUGCCAGACCAUGAUAGCAAAGGAACAGCAAAGAAUUGAUGAGAUUAACGGUGGAUCAAAAGAAAAGCUCAAUAAUAGUUUGAGUAAAUUGAAAGCAAAGCUAGAAGAUUUAGCUCAAGAAAAGGAAGAUGUGCGGUCUAAAAUCAAUGAAUCUGAAAAUUAUAGAGAUCCUGAAUUGUUAGACUACGAAGGAAAAGUUAAGGCAUCUAAAGAAAUAAUGGCUAUUCUUCGAGAGAAAAAAAAGAGCCUUUUAGCAUCGCAGAAAGAUAAAUUUUCACCAUGGGGGAAUAAUAUAACUCAUUUACUAGCCAAUAUUAAGGCUAUCAAUCAAUGGCAUCAAGAACCGAUUGGUCCGAUUGGAUCGUUUGUCUCUGUCAAGGAAGGAUAUUCUGAUUGGCGUGAUUUAAUAAAUGCUUCUAUCGGUAAAACUCUCGACUCAUUUCUUGUUUGCGAUGAGCAUGAUAGAAGGAUAUUGAGCGGCCUUUUCAAAAAAUAUCGAAUAUAUAAGAAUAUCAUUACCAGGAAGUUUGAAAGUUUUAAUUUUGAGGAUGGUAUAGCGCAUGGUCACACUACGUUCUUGGAUAUAUUAACAAUAGAAAAUGAGAAUGUACUCUACACUCUCAUUGAUUCAAACAGUAUCGAAAAGAAUGUUAUAUGUGAAGACAGAAAUAGAUCUCGAGAACUCGUUGCACAAUCUAAUGUCUUAAACGUUUAUUCUCUCUUAAAUAGUAGAUCAGGACAAAGGUCAAGUGGUGACAGAAAUACUUUCAAGAUUGAUCCGAUUUAUUACAGAUUGAACGAGCCACAUAAAUUAUCUAAUAAGUCACAAUCUAGUUCAGAUGAUAUCAAGAAGACAGAUGAACAAGUCGAUGACGAAAUCGAAAGAAUCAACAAGUUGGAAAGACGGAAACGAGAAAUAAAAAUGAAAUUACAGAAUGAGAAACAGAACUUGGAAAAUAGAUAUGAGGCGAUUCAGAAAGAAACUAGAAAACUUAAUGACGAACUCUUCAGAAUUGAAAAUAGUCUUAACGAAAAUGGUGACUUGUCUAAAAUUGAAGCAUUGAAGAUUCAAAUUACAGAAGACGAAGCUCAAGCAUCUCAGAAAGAGGGAAUUUUAGAAUCAUUAAAUGAAGAUUUAGAGAAGGAUCGUUCACAGUUCAUUACUGUUAGAGAAAAUAUGAAAACACUUAAGCAAGAAAUACAAGAAAAAUUACAGUUGCAAGAGGAUACCAAAAAGGCACUUGUCGAGUGUGAAAUUGAACGAUCGGCCAUGCUUUCAGAAAUUGAGCAUUAUAAAAUGACUGUUUCCAAACGUCAAGAUGCAAUGGCUGUAUGCCAAACUAAGAUCAGUCAGGGCAACGAAAGACUAACUCCUCUUAUUUCAGAUGCAGAAAGUAAAUGCCCUCGGAACCAAAUUAAUAUAGCAAACGAGGAUACUAAUGAAUCGAUCAGCGCUGAAUACGAAAAGGCUCAGGAGGCAGUAAAAGAAGCUGAGAAGUCGGUUGGCAGAUCUUAUCAGGAAAUUCAGCAAGAAUUAUUGACGAACAAAGAGACUAAGGAGGUCUGUGAAGAAAGAGUAAUAAAUUUGGACAAAAUAUAUCGAUCAUUAUCAGAUGAUUUGAAUAGUAGAUUUAACUAUUUACAUACAACUAUUCUCAAGAACAUCAAUGAAGCUUCUUCAUCCUUUGAAAGGUCUUUGGCAUUAAGAGGAUUUAAAGGUGAAUUAAAAUUUGAUUUUGGUGAGAAGAGUCUAACUAUGCUUGUUCAAACUAAAGGUGACUUUAAAAAGAGAACAGUAGAAUCAUUGUCUGGUGGCGAAAAAUCAUUUACUCAAAUAGCAUUAUUACUAGCAAUUUGGAAAGUAAUGGAUUCCAAAGUACGUGGAUUGGAUGAAUUCGAUGUUUUUAUGGACUCGGUGAAUAGAUCUAUUAGUAUUAAACUUUUAUUAAGUGAAUUGAGAAAGUAUCCAAAGUCUCAAUCAAUUUUUAUUACUCCUCAAGAUAUUGCGGUGGUAGGUGAUUUGGAUAGCAGAGAUGUAAAGAUCCAUAAAAUGAAUGAUCCAAGAAGUGAUGGUUAA